AUGGAGGAAAUCGUUAUUGAAGCACCAACUAAUGGAGAUGCAAAUUCAAAUUUAAUGAAGCAAGAUCUUUCUUCUCUUAAUAUUGAUGAAAUAACUGCUCUUACACCUUGUGUCAUUUCAAGACAAGCAACAAUUAAUAUUGGUACUAUUGGUCAUGUAGCUCAUGGUAAAUCAACAGUAGUUAAAGCAUUAUCAGGUGUACAUACAGUCAAAUUUAGAGAAGAGUUGAAGAAAAAUAUGACAAUUCGUUUGGGUUAUGCUAAUGCUAAGAUUUAUAAAUGCACAAACCCAAAUUGUCCUAAACCAGGUUGUUACAGAAGUUAUGGAUCAGCUAAGGAAGACAACCCAAUUUGUGAAGUACCAGGUUGUGGUCAUAAGAUGCAAUUAUUAAGACAUGUUAGUUUUGUCGAUUGUCCAGGUCAUGAUUCAUUGAUGAUGACAAUGCUUACUGGAACUGCCGUUAUGGAUGGGGCAUUAUUACUUGUUGCAGGUAAUAAACCAUGUCCACAACCACAAACCAGUGAACAUUUAGCUGCAGUAGAGUUCAUGAAAUUAAAACAUAUGAUUAUUUUACAAAAUAAAAUCGAUUUAGUAAAAACUAAAGAAGAUGCACAAAAGAAUUAUCAACAAAUUAAAGAAUUUGUUAAAGGAAGUAUUGCAGAAAAUGCACCAAUUAUUCCAAUUUGUGCACAAUUAAAAUAUAAUAUGGAUGUAGUGUGUGAAUAUAUUUGUCAUUCUAUCCCUGUUCCACAAAGAGAUUUUAAAGUUAAUCCACGAAUGACUAUUAUUCGUUCAUUUGAUAUUAAUAAACCAGGAACUUUACCUCAGGACUUAAUUGGAGGAGUUAUUGGGGGAACUUUAUCACAAGGAAUGUUAAAACUUGGUGACGAAAUAGAAAUUAGACCUGGUUUUAAUUUCAGAGAUAGUAAAAAUCAACAAACUUGCAAACCAUUAUUUACUAAAAUUAUUUCACUUCAUGCUGAAAGAAAUGAACUUCAAUUUGCUGUUCCUGGAGGAUUAAUUGGUGUUGGUACUAGUUUAGAUCCAUCACUUUGUCGUGCUGAUAAACUUACUGGUCAAGUUGCUGGUAUUGUAGGUUCAUUGCCUCCUGUAUUUGUUGAACUUCAAAUUAAAUUCUAUUUGUUAGCUCGUUUAUUAGGAGUUGAAAGCAGUGAUGGAGAAGCAUUAGUUAAGCCAUUAGUUGCUGGUGAUAUUUUAAUGAUCAACAUUGGAAGUACUCACACUGGUUGUAAGGUUAUGGCUUUGAAAGAUGAUAUGGCUCAAAUCUCAUUAAUGAAACCUGUCUGUACUACUGUUGGUGGAAAAAUUGCAAUGUCUAGAAAAGUAGAAAGAAGAUGGAGGCUUGUUGGAUGGGGAGAAGUUGUUAAAGGAACAAAGAAGGUCUCUGAAUAA